GUUGGCAUGUUCACCGAGGUGGACCGUGCUCGCAUUGAGGAACACGUGAGCCUCUUUGGGGAGGAUGUGUGGAGGCAUACAAUUGUGGUGUUCACCUGGGCGGAUGUGUUGAAGAAAAUCUCCAUCGAGAGGUACAUUCGUAGGGAGGGUAAAGAUCUGCAGUGGUUGCUGGAGAAAUGUAAGCGGAGGUACUUUCUUAUUAACAACUGCAUUUUUGGGGAGAAUCCCCAAGUGGGACACUUAAUAGAGAAGGUGGAGAAGAUGGUGGCAAAAGAGGGUGGGCACUACAAUCCAGAGGAGGCGAAGGAGAAGAAACCUGUAGAUGAGAACCGGAAUUCGUCCAAGGAGGCAGAGGAGCUGGGAGCCCAGCCCAAACAAAACUCUGGAGUGGGUUUGUCAAAAGCCAGAGAGGUGGAGGCGCUUUCAAGUGAGUGA